ACAAUUAACUCUAGAGUUUGUCAAAUCAAAGUAUGGAAGCUGCAAUCUUUCAUAUUUCAGUGUUUGUAAUAAAUAAAAAAUUGGAAGAAGAAGAAAAAUGUUGGAACGAAAAUUGGCUUUAACAAUUUUUUAUUGUAAAAAUGAUAAUUUCCUUCUGAAAGGUUAUUUCGUUUCACAAAAUCCAAAUUUAAUUAAUUAUUAUUCGAAAAAUAAUUAAUCAUAUCAUUGAUUUUAAAACCGCGAUUCAACCAUUAUAAUGUUGACCCUACCUAACCAUAUUGCGACACAGUAUUAAUUGUACUUGCUAGAGUGAGGUAAUGAAUCCAGUAGGAGAACUUUGUUAGGAAUUUAGCUGGGAAACUACAAGGAGCUAGCAAAGCUUUUACCUGGUUAAACUAAUCAAACCGUGUGAUGUGAUGAGUUCAACAUUUCAUGCUGACUUUUUUCCAAAAUGGAAAAGAGAAAUCUCAUAAGUCAUAACUAUAAGCUUGUUUAUAUAUUAUCAAACCUCGACAUAGAUGAUGAUGAUAAUAAUAAUUAAUAGUAUAAUUAUUGAUGAGAAAAACAAAUAAUGAAUAUUUUCUAACAACGUCAUUGACACGCUCAUCAUGCCUUGUACUUAACUCAAUCAUGAAGAUUCGAACAUACGACCAUUUAGUUAGAACAACUAUGAUAUUAUAUCAUAAACCAAUUGGUUCCAAUAACUCGAGUUGUUGGGAAAUAUCUUGUAUGGAUUAGAAAAAUACACAAAUUUAAUUAUUGAAUAUGAAUAGAAAAUAAUCAAAGAUUAGGAAAUAAGGAUUUACUAGUGAUACCACCAAUGACUAAACCCUUUUAGUGACUAAAUAGUGAAACUCAUCUAAUAUAUGGACAGUGUGACCCCUUUUCACACGAUUUAAAAAAGACAAUGACCACUUUGAUACAUUAUAAAGUUUAGUGGUAGUUUUUUUAUAUUAAGCAAAAGUUUAGUGACCAUUUUGCCAUUUAACUCGCCAAAAGCCUAAAACCCAAAACCCUGAUCCCCUGGUCUCAUCCGCCGAGAAUUGACGCUUUGAUACCGUCCGCUGACCAGAGCGACGUUCGAGCUAAACGCAAGCUGACGAAGACCUUACCAACGGUGGAUUCGUCAGUGUUUGCUUCUGGAUCAGUUUCUACGAUUUUCUGACCCAAAUUUCAAUUCGAGUAGGCUUCAGCUUGAUUAUUUUCAAGGUCGUUUCGAGUUGAAAAGGAAGCAAUUGGAGGUUUAGUUGAACGAUAAUGAUGGAGACAGACCGGAAAGACGGCCGCACGCCAAACCAGCUGAGGAUGCUGAGUUGCUCUCGCAACAUCCUCCACCGUGCUCACGGCUCCGCAAGUUGGUCUCAAGGAGAGACGAAGGUUCUGGCUGCUGUUUAUGGACCUAAUGCUGGAACGAAGAAGAACGAGGACCCUGAAAAAGCUUGUAUUGAAGUUAUUUGGAAACCUAAAACAGGCCAAAUUGGGAAGGCCGAAAAAGAGUGUGAGAUGAUAAUGAAGAAGACUAUACAGAGCAUUUGUCUUUUGACAAUCAACCCAAACACAACAACAUCAGUUGUAGUUCAGGUUGUCAAUGAUGAUGGAGCUCUUCUACCUUGUGCCAUAAAUGCAGCAUGUGCUGCCCUUGUUGAUGCUGGAAUUCCCAUGAAGCACCUUGCCGUGGCAAUUUGUUGCUGUGUGGCAGAAGAGGGGUCCGUGUUACUCGAUCCAACAAAGCUGGAAGAGCAGCAAAUGAGAGGCUUUGCAUAUAUAGUUUUUCCAAACUCGGCUCUGUCGGCCCUACCUAAAGGAUCAUCUCUUGUUGAUGGUGAGCCCUUGGAACACGGGAUCAUCACCUCUGUCACUCAUGGCGUUAUGUCAGUGGAUGAAUACUUGAGAUGUGUGGGUCGAGGGCGAGCAGCAUGCGCGAAGCUGUCUGAUGUCCUGAGAAGGAGCUUGCAAAAAUCAGAGUCGUAAAAUCCAUAUAGCUUCCAACCACUGGGAUUAGUGAUCAGCCAGCUCAUACAACAUGUAAGGAUAUUUCAUAGAAUCGCAGCUUAUAACACUCUAAUUCCAAAUGGCAAACUAGUUGUGUUGUGGCAAAUUGCAGUGAUGUGUGUGAGCAAGCCACCAACCAUUUUGUGGGUUUUCCUCCGCAAUUUGGUUGAGCUGUGCCUGUGUUAUCGUUGGUCUCUUUGGGCCGGAAGUGCAGAUUGUUGCCCUAACAGAGCGAGACCAAAUCAUGAAAGUGGACGGUGGGCAAGACGAGCUCACACCAAUCGGAGUUCAAAUAAUAAAAUCUGGAAAAAAAUGAGCUCUUUUGACGGAAUAAAAUCUUAUGGUUGAACUGCCGAGCUGUCAUCAACUUCAUGCAUGAUUGAGUUUAGUGGAGUUGAUGAACAAAAUCUGCCUUCAAUCUACGCGCAAUAAAAUACAUUUUUUUUG